UGGAGAGGACACGCCCCUCUACCGGAUCUCGGCAGCGGUGACCGUAGCGCAGCAGCACCGUAGUAAUUUCACGUGCAUUGAGACUUCAUUCUGUGUCACCGUGUCAGAAGGAGCUACCGCUGCUGCGCGUCCGACAACAACAAAACCCCCCAGAGAAUCCUGUACCUGACUCGUUUUAUCCUACCGACCGUUUAUAACGACAUCACCACCGGGGGAAUGACAUUAACCGACUGAAGGAGGUAUAGUGAAAGAAAAACGCUAAGAUGACGGUGGACUUUGAAGAAUGUAUUAAAGAUUCUCCCCGAUUCAGGGCAGGUAUUGAUGAGGUGGAGACAGAUGUGGUGGAGAUCGAAGCUAAACUAGAUAAGCUAGUGAAGUUAUGUAGUGGGAUGAUCGAGGCUGGCAGGGCGUAUGUCAGUGCCAACAAGCUGUUUGUGAACGGCAUCAAAGACCUGUCUCAGCAGUGCAAGAAGGAAGAGAUGAUCUCUGACUGUCUGGAGAAGUGUGGUGGGAGUCUGCAGGAGAUCGUCAAUUACCACAUGAUCCUAUUUGACCAGACCGAGAGGUCCAUCAAACAACAGCUCCACACUUUCAUCAAAGAGGACGUGCGUAAGUUCAAGGAGACUAAGAAGCAGUUUGACCGUGUGAGGGAGGACAUGGAGAUAGCCCAGGUGAAGAACGCCCAGGCCCCCAGGAACAAACCUCACGAGGUGGAGGAGGCCACUUCCUCUCUCACCCUGACCAGGAAGUGCUUCAGACACCUGGCCCUGGACUACGUACUGCAGAUCAAUGUCCUUCAGGCUAACAAGAAGUUUGAGAUCCUGGAUGCAAUGCUGUCGUUCAUGCGUGCCCAGUACACUCUGUUUCAGCAGGGCUAUAACAUCCUGGAUGAGAUUGACCCCUACAUGAAGAAACUAGCUGCAGAGCUGGAUCAACUGGUCAUAGACUCAGCCAUGGAGAAGAGAGACCUGGAACACAAGCACGCCAGCAUACAGCAGAGGACUCUGGUGCAGGACUUCUCCUACGAUGGUAACAAGGUGGAGUUCAACGUAGAUGCUCCUAACGGAGUGGUGAUGGAAGGUUAUCUGUUCAAGAGGGCCUCCAACACCUUCAAGACCUGGAACAGGCGGUGGUUCUCCAUACAGAACAGCCAGCUGGUCUACCAGAAGAGACUCAAGGAUGUCCUGACGGUUGUGGUGGAAGACCUGAGGCUGUGUUCAGUCAAACCCUGUGAGGAUGGAGAGAGGAGGUUCUGCUUUGAGAUGGUGUCCCCCACCAAGAGCUGUAUGCUCCAGGCAGAGUCAGAGAAGUUACGGCAGGCCUGGGUCCAAGCUGUACAGGCCUCCAUCGCCUCUGCAUACAGAGAGAUAUCAGACAACUACUACAUCAAGCGUCUGGACCGGGCAGCCUCCCCCUCCACCAGCAGUAUAGACUCAGCCAGUGAGCCGCGGGGGGAGAGAGGAGGGAGAGGAGGUGAGGGCAUAGGGGAGAGCAUCCUACACCGGGUACAAACCCUGCAGGGUAAUGAGCUGUGUUGUGACUGCUCCCAGGCUGCACCCUGCUGGGCCUCCAUCAACCUGGGAGUUCUGCUCUGCAUCGAGUGCUCUGGCAUACACAGGAGUCUGGGGGUUCACUGCUCCAAGGUGCGCUCACUAACACUGGACUCCUGGGAACCAGAGCUACUCAAGUUGAUGUGUGAGCUGGGUAACAGCGUGAUCAACCACAUCUACGAGGGAGCCUGCGAGGAGCUGGGAGUGAAGAAACCUGAACCCUCCAGUCCUAGGCGGGAGAAGGAGGCGUGGAUCAAGGCUAAGUACGUGGAGAGGCGUUUCCUGAAGAAGAUCAGCGGCAGAAACUCAUUGGUGGAGGGAGGGAGGCAGACGUCCAAUCCCUGGAGCGUGAAGAUGUGCCAACGCCACAAAAGCUCCGUAAGAGGAGCGUCCAAAACACCCCAGAAAUAUCUCCACGAUAUCGCCUCACCGGGAAACCUGUCCUCAGCUGCAGCGGUUGCUAAGCUCCGUCGUGACUCUCUGUUCUGUCCUGAUGAGAUUGACAACCUCUUCUCCUACUUCGAUACCAGCAAAGGCCCUCGCAGCCCUACAGGUCUGAGCAGCGACAGUGGGCUGGGAGGCAGUACAGACGGCAGCACUGAUGUCCUGGUGUUUGGCUCAGUGGUGGACAGCGUCACAGAGGAGGAGUGUGAGGGUGAGUCAGAAGAGGAGGAGUCUAGUGGGGAGGUGGAGAUAGAGCAGGAGGCGGGGUCAGUCCCUGAGGAGCCCCUCCCCCCAGGGGCGUUGCUCUACCGGUCGUCACGGCUACACAACCUGCCACUCAUGGCCGAGGCGCUGGCACACGGGGCAGAUGUCCGCUCUGCCAGCCAUGAGGAGGAGGGAAAGACCCCGCUCAUACAGGCCGUGGCAGGGGGGUCUCUGAUAGCGUGUGAGUUCCUGCUGCAGAAUGGGGCUGAUGUGAACCAGAGGGACAUGAGGGGGAGAGGACCCCUCCAUCAUGCUACAUACCUGGGACACACCAGUCAGGUGUGUCUGUUCCUGAAGAGAGGGGCUUGUCAGACGGAGGUAGAUGAGGAAGGUCAUGACCCUCUGAGCAUAGCUGUCCAGGCCGCUAACGCAGACAUCGUUACACUGUUGCGGUUAGCGCGGAUGAACGAGGAGAUGCGCGAGACGGAGGGUCCAUUGGGUCAGCUUGCUCAAUCCCCCACUGAACAGCAGUACAGGAAGUGUAUUCAGGAGUUUAUCUGCCUCACUAUAGACUACUGCUAGGGAGCGCCACUGAGACAAACAGGUCGCGUCCCAAACGGCUUCCCAUUCCAAACGGCAUCCCGUUCCCUAUGUAGUGCACUUCAUGAAGAAUAGGGUGCCAUUUGGGACCUCACCAGAGACACUACUAACAGGGCAGAGUAAGAUGCAGCGGUCUAAGGCACUGCAUCUCAUGGUGCUUUCCACACCAUCCGCUGUUGUCCAUCCAUGCUUUAAACUCAUAGUGAAACACAGUGUCUCUAGCUGUUCCUAAAACUCAGUCUGACCUGUGGUUCUUGUCUCUGGUUUGGUCUUCCUGUCAAUGCAUAAUAUUCCCUCUCCCUCCCUCCCUCGUUUUCCAAUAAGGACCUAGGCUUCCACGGACAGACCUCUCCCCCUUCUAUUCUAGAAUUGUACAGUUCUUUCAGAACAUUAUUCUACAGUGUUCCAGUGUUCUAUUCUAGAAUUGUACAGUUCUUUCAGAACAUUAUUCUACCGUGUUCCAGUGUUCUAUUCUAGAAUUGUACAGUUCUUUUAGAACAUUAUUCUACCGUGUUCCAGUGUUCUAUUCUAGAAGUGUACAGUUCUUUCAGAACAUUAUUCUACAGUGUUCCAGUGUUCUAUUCUAGAAUUGUACAGUUCUUUCAGAACAUUAUUCUACAGUGUUCCAGUGUUCUAUUCCAGAAUUGUACAGUUCUUUUAGAACAUUAUUCUACCGUGUUCCAGUGUUCUAUUCCAGAAUUGUACAGUUCUUUUAGAACAUUAUUCUACGGUGUUCCAGUGUUCUAUUCUAGAAUUGUACAGUUCUUUCAGAACAUUAUUCUACAGUGUUCCAGUGUUCUUUUCCAGAAUUGUACAGUUCUUUCAGAACAUUAUUCUACAGUGUUCCAGUGUUCUAUUCUAGAAUUGUACAGUUCUUUUAGAGCAUUAUUCUACAGUGUUCCAGUGUUCUAUUCUAGAAUUGUACAGAUAAAACUGUGAUGAGAAUACUGAAGGGCUACUGGAGGUGAAGAGACAAGCGCCUGCUUUUUAGAUACCUGGAGUGAACGAGAGUGAUGAGAGAGUGACUGAGAGUGACUGACUGACUGACUGAGAGUGACUGAGUGAGUUACUGACUGAGUGACUGAGUGAGUGACUGACUGACUGAGUGAGUGAGUGAGUGACUGACUGACUGACUGACUGACUGACUGAGUGACUGAGUGACUGACUGACUGACUGACUGACUGACUGACUGAGUGAGUGACUGAGUGACUGAGUGAGUGAGUGAGUGAGUGAGGAUGUCUCAGAAUGAAAAGCUGUAUUAUAAUUAUUAUUCAUUUAUGUUAAUAAAGAAAUGCAUCUGUUUUUCCUACAGUA